AUCGUUAUUGAAUCCUCAUUUUUUGGAUGUUUUUCGUGCUUUGUCCGUAAACUUGUUCGUCGCCUCCCUUAUCUACGUUCGUGCGGGGUGGUUAGUAUUUUUGUUCAUUCGUCCCUAUCUCGAAGUCGGGGAUAUAGCCAAUCAAGGCCAGUAUCCUGCCGUCGAUCGCUCCUGUUAUAAUUGUCAUCAGUAUGGGCACUUCCAGAGGAACUGUCCUUUACCCCAGGCACGACGGCCUCAUCUCUGGCACUCCUGUGGGUAGAUUUGGAGCAGGCUUGCCUUCCCAUCCCCCACCUCACGUGGUCUAUGCGCCUCCUACUCAAGCUGCUUAUGCACCCUCGGCUCCUCCUUUAAGCCAAGCUCCAGUGAAUCACCAGCAGGGUGGCAUGCUUUCCACUCCUUCGACACCUGUUAAUACAUCUACGCUGGUUCCUUACCAGCCUCCGACGGCUCCGUCAACUUCUGUUGCGCCAUGGGGUCCCAGACAAGGCUCCAAUGACGGUGAAGUGGUGUCGUUGUUGCGGGAGUUAGUCAACGACCGGCGAGAGCAGAAGGAUCGAAGAAGGGAAGCGGAGAAUCGGCUGAUGAGAGAAGAACAGGACAGGAUGGCAAAGGAGGAAGAGAAGAAACGACUGCUAGAGGAGGAAUCUCGCCAAGCGGAGAAAGAAGCUAGGAUGGCCAGAAUGAUUAAUGCCAAGAUGGAGGAGUUAGAUAGACAACAUCAGGCGAGAACGGAGGAAGAGAAUAAAAGAAUGUGGAAGGAGAUUGAGAAGGUGGUCGGUGAUCCCAUCAAGACCAUGAAGGGGAAGGAAAACGCGGCUGAUGUACCCGAUUCUCGCAAGAUGCAGCAAGCAAACCUGGAGGGGUCCCCUCCUGUUCUUCCUGCUCAAGAACGUGCUCGCCAUGAAGACCCUCUGAAGGCUGUCUUCCCUAAUUUGAGCCCGCUUGAUGCUGGGCUCCUCCUUAUGGAACUCGAUAAUGUCAAACGAUCUCAGGAUACUCAGUCACUCUAUAAAGCGGACAACGUCAAGUAUUUCAACAAGAGACAGGCUUCCCUGGAUCUCGCGGAGAUCCGAGCCCGAGAUGCUUACGGCGAAGACUCUGAUGAGGAGGGACUUGACAACAUCGCAACUGAGGUUCAAGAGGAUAAUCCUUCUUAAUGAUCUACGGAUCUUUCUUAUAUCUGGGAGUACGUUGAUCGUUCUAUUAAGCUACGGGCCCUGUCGGAUAAAAGAGGUCAGGAGUG